GAAUCUCAUUACAAAUCGUGAUCGGGAUUUGGGACACUCUUUACUCGAUUGUUUUAUUCGUGUUCGUCGAUGUGAUAACAAUACAGAAACGGAUCUUAAAAAACAUAUUUCCGUCGACGACCCGUUCGUGUUCGUGUGUUAAUUUUGUUUUAUAAUAUUACUUUCAAUUUACUUUGAUAAAACAAAAAAAGAAAAUAAUUAAGGUUGUGGUAAAUGCAUUAUUGUUAAGACCUAAGGUUUAAGACUUAUGUUCUUUAAAUAGGUAUCCACAUUCCACAUCUAUAUUAAUAUAAUAUGGACUCUAGCACUCAAGUUGAUGUUGAAAAUGAUGCAAAUCAUUGGAAUAAUCUUCUAUUGGAUGUACAAAAUAAAAGUCGAAAAAAAUUGCCGGAAAACAAAAAUGUAUUGUUACUGGGUGAUAGUAAAUCUGGCAAAACAACAUUGGUGACCAAGUUGCAAGGCCUUAAAGAUUCAAAACAAGGAUGGGGCAUGGAGUAUGGAUACAUACAGGUUCGCGAUGACAGCACUGAUGAAAAUGCUCAAUUAAAUGUUUGGACAUUAGAUGGCGAUCGAUCACUAAAAUAUUUGAUGAAGUUUGCCUUAAAUGAACAACAUUUUGAAGAUACAACAAUUGUUUUAGUUGCGUCUUUGAAACAUCCCUGGAAAAUUAUGGAAUCCUUAGAAUUUUGGUCAGCAAGACUUCAAGAUCAUAUAGAUAGCUUAAAUUUAGGCAUGGAACAAACUCAAAAUCUCAGGGAUAAAUGUGUUGAUAGAAUCAUUGAUUAUACGCUGCUCGAUGAUCCAUCAUAUGAAUCCUGUACAAAAGUUCGACUUCUCAAUGAUGGAGUUCUAUCAAAAAAUUUAGGAUUGGAUAUAAUUGUUGUCAUAACUAUGACUGAUUGCAUCAAAAACUUAGAAAUUGAUAACUAUUCAGAAGAGCAUUUUGAUUACAUCCAAUGCUGUUUGCGAAAAUUUUGUUUACAAUUUGGAGCUGCAUUGUUCUAUGUAUCUGUAAUGGAAGAUAAAAACUGUGAUCUUCUUUAUAAAUAUUUAAUGCAUAGAAUUUAUCGCUUUCCAUUCAAAACGCCUGCAUUAAUCGUGGAAAAAGAUUCUGUAUUUGUUCCCUCAGGCUGGGAUAGUUUGAAAAAAAUUGAAGUUCUCUAUGAAAAUAUGCAAAAAAUAAAUCCAGAAUCACAUUAUAGUGAUGCUAUACCAUAUCCAUAUGAAAAACCACAUAAAGAACAUGAACUUCAAGAUGAAGAGGAACAAGCAUUUUUGGCCCGGCAACUUGUACUGUUAAAUCAAAAUUUAGCUCAACCACAAACACCGGUUGUCAGGAAAUCCAUAGAACUUACAAAACCAUUAUCGGCAAAUAAACGCAUUUCAGAUAACCCUCCUCCUAGUAGUGAACGAGCUUUGGCUAGCUUUUUCAACGCGCUUUUGCAAAAAAAGCAAGAAUCUCCAACAGUAAGGACUCCUACAAAAAAACCAGUUGAUAAUACAGGCUCUCCAGAAUUAAGUCAAAUUGAUGAUGAUCCUAAUACUCCAAAAUAAAUUUUUUUUAUUAAUACAUGCCAAAUAUUUUAAGUAACAUAAAUUAAAUAAAACUAUUGUCUAUGUUGUAUUAAUACACAUCUAAUUACUUAUUACCCAUUGUUUGUGUUUAAUGAUUAUAACUUAUUAUGAUCUUAUAUAAGUUGUAUUUUAAUAAAUAAUGAUUAGUUGAUUA